UUGGGGACCGCUACAAGCCCGUUUCAAUGCACAAAUUCAACGGCCGUUACCUAGAUUCUUUCCUGGUAAAGCGUUAAUGAAAUUUCGUGCUUUUACCCCACAAUUAUUUUGAAACAGCGAAGAGCGGAAGGAGUUCAGCAGAUCCAUUCAAAGAAAGAGAAAAACGCAUUGCAGAUCGUGUCACAAGUCAAAAAAUCGAAAAAAAAACUAAACGCAAGAAAACAGAUCGCCUUUCGCCUCCCGUUCCUAUAAGGGUCUGAAAAAGGAUUGGUGGGUCCAGAAACGCGUCGAGUGGAAUCCACAUAUAAACCCAAUUCAGCCAACGCGUUUUCCGCAGCUUCAAGGAAAGUCCGACACGUCCAUUCUGGUAACCACUAAGAGCCCAGCUCAGCAACGUGUACGUCAGAGUGUCUCUGCGCUCUGGAGCUGUAACUAUUAAGUACCUGUGCGAUUAGAGACGAGAGAAUUUUAGAACUUUUUUUGUUUGGAGGAAAAUAAGAAUGGGAGCUUGUAUUUCAGAUGCAAGAGGCGGGCAGGAAGCUGUGGGGGAAAAUGGUGGGAAUGGUAACAGAUACUUUUCUCAAGCUUAUGCUAAUGAGACUAGUGUUAUGGCCUAUGAAGCAGUCGAUUUCUUGAAUAAAACAAAGGGCUCCCAUGGCCUUUCUUCAUUGCUAGAGUUAUCACUGUCUGCAUCAAAUUUGCGUGACAGGGAUUUUCUGUCGAAGAGUGAUCCUAUGGCUGUUGUAUAUAUGAAGAAACAAGAUGGUUCACUUGAAGAACUAGGUCGUACGGAAGUAAUUUUAAAUUCAUUAGAUCCUGUCUGGAUAACAAAACUGAGAAUUACAUAUUAUUUUGAGAUUCUCCAGCUAUUAACUUUCAGAUUGUAUGAUGUUGAUACUAAGUUUCACAAUGUGCCAACUCAGAUGCUUAGAUUGGAUGAACAACAAUUUCUUGGGGAGGCAGAUUGUUUCCUGUCAGAGAUAGUUACAAAACCAGGUAAAAACCUGACCAAACCACUCAAAGGAGCAACAGGACAUACUGGAGCAGGUCAGUGGUCACAAAAGUUUGGAAAUAUUACUUUGCAAGUGGAGGAAACAAUCAAUUCAAAAAUGGUAGUGGAGAUGGUUUUACGCUCUGCCAACUUGGAAAACAAGGAGAUCUUCUCCAAAAGUGACCCUUUUUUAAAGAUAUCCAGACCCUCGGAGAAUGGUAAUUAUGUUCCUGUGUGUAAGACGGAAGUGAAAAGAAACAAUCUCAAUCCAAUAUGGAAGCCAGUAACUUUGAGCUUACAACAGGCUGGGAGUAUGGAUAAUCCAUUAAUGCUGGAAUGCUAUGACUUCAACAACAGUGGAAAUCAUUAUUUGAUGGGGAGGAUUCAAAAAUCAUUGACUGACCUUGAGAAUCUUUCUAAAAGCAAGAGUGGUGAAAACUUCUAUAUGCCAACCUCAAGCAAACGUGAUGGUCCUAACAAGAUAUUGAAGAGUCAGUUAUUCGUAGAAAAAUUCUCAAUGAGCACAAAGCAUAGUUUCUUGGACUACAUUACAAACGGAUAUGAGUUGAACUUCAUGGUGGCAAUAGAUUUCACAGCUUCAAAUGGGAAUCCACGACUACCAGAUUCUUUGCACUAUAUUGAUCCUUCAGGCCGGCUUAUUAAUGCAUAUCAAAGAGCAAUAAUGUCCGUUGGGGAGGUUCUAGAAUUUUAUGACACUGAUAAAAAAUUUCCUGCAUGGGGUUUUGGAGGCAGACCAAUUGAUGGUCCGGUCUCACAUUGUUUUAAUUUGAGUGGAAGUGAUCGCCUUGCUGAGGUUGAAGGAAUAGCUGGCAUUAUGUCAGCAUAUUCAAGUGCUUUAAAAAAUGUUGCCCUUGCUGGACCAACUUUAUUUGGGCAAGUGAUCAAUUGUGCAGCAUCUAUUGCUGGCCAACAUGCAGAACAACGGAAAUAUUAUGUGCUCCUUAUAAUCACGGAUGGAGUCAUUACCGACCUUCAGGAAACCAAGGAUUCUAUUGUAAAGGCUUCUGAUCUACCUCUUUCAAUUCUUAUUGUGGGUGUUGGAGGGGCAGAUUUUAAAGAGAUGGAGAUACUUGAUGCGGAUAAAGGUGAUCGAUUAGAAAGUUCCACUGGACGAGUUGCAACACGUGACAUAGUGCAAUUUGUACCCAUGAGAGAUUUGCCCACUGGAGAGACCAUUGCGCAAUCACUGUUAGCAGAACUGCCCAUGCAAUUUUUGAGUUACAUGAAGAGCAGGAGUAUAGAGCCUUUCGUGGAUUGAUUCACCAAGCUUCAAUAAUGAAAAGCCUUGCUAUUCUUGCUUUGGAGCUGCCUUAAGCAAACACAGCCAAACAUGGCCUUGCUUGCAAAGUUAACGCUGUGAAUGGCAUUUCAAUCUCUGUUUCUUUAUUUUUCAUGUAUAUAAAAAAUAUUUUUGGACUAAUAUCAGGAUUGUAUAUUCUGGAAAUGUAGAUCAGUUGUAUGAAGUCCUACGGAAGAUAAUAAAAUAAACAAAGCACUUCUUAUUAAAGAAUUAACUGUAGAAUCAAGCAAAUGUUUAUUUAGGUAUUGUAAACUUGAGGCAUUCUUUUCUCCAGCAAAUAUGGAAACAGAAUUUUUAAUGGA